AGUUUCCAACGGUGAAUAGCGGAGACUUGAAGACCAGUCCAAACGACAGACGUUCAAAGACCGUCACUUGCUCUCUCUCUCUCCCUCUCAACACUCCGGUCGUCCAAACAACAAACUCGAGAGACUCCAACAUUAUUUGGAAGUUGCAUAUGCUUCAUGAGGGGCUUCCAUGGUGGUGUUGGUGUUGUCAUUCAGUUUCAGAAUGUAUUAACUCUGUAUAUUAUGGAAGGCUGUGGUUGCAAAUCCGAUUUUGUGGGGCGCUGAAGAAAGCAGACUUGGAAUCGGAAAACCCUAUACUUUUAUUUCCGAGAAGUCAAUGUUCUUUGAAAUUUGCAAUUUAUGAUCAGAAAAGCAUUCACAUCCUGUUGACCUUUUGCGCUCCUUCUAGUUCUAGGUAUAAUGUCAAUUGGGCUCGAAAGUAUUGAUGCAUAUCAGUGAUAAUAAGACAUGAAGAAAUGUUACAUUGGCGUUUUAACUACAUCCUUUUUUAUGCUAUUGGUACUGGGGUAUUUUGCCAUUAGAAACCCUAUCAGGGACAGUUCUUUUACAAGUCCCCUGUUAUUAAAUACAACAAAUCCUCUUGAAUGGGCAAAUUCUUGUGCUCCACCCGCGGUUCAGAAUCCAGAAAUUAGUUCUCAAGUGAUUUCUGCUGAUACUAUAGUCAUUGAUCUCUUUGCUCGGAGGAACCUAUCGAACAAAGAGCAACAAUCUUUGCAGACGUGGAACCAUUUGAAACACUUAAUUAGCCAUGGUCAGGCUUUAUCUAAUGCAGUAGAGGCUAUUAAGGAAGCUGGCAUUGCAUGGAAAAAUCUUAUGGCUUCAGUUGAACAGGAAAGACUUAAUGUGAAUGAAAGUUCACACAGGGGAGGAAAAGAAAAACAAUGUCCUCAUUUUCUUAGUAAAAUGAAUGCCACACAGCGUAAUAAUAAUGGCUUUCAGUUGGGGGUACCUUGUGGCUUGACUCAAGGUUCCUCGAUCACUAUUAUUGGCAUUCCAAGUGGUCUACUUGGUAAUUUCCGGAUUGACUUAACUGGGGAGCCACUUCCAGGGGAACCAGAUCCACCUAUUAUUUUGCACUACAAUGUUAGGAUCCUCGGUGAUAAAAUAACCGAGGACUCUGUAAUUGUACAAAACUCCUGGACAGCUGCUCAUGACUGGGGCGAAGAGGAGCGUUGUCCAUCUCCUGCUCCUGAAAAGAAUAAGAAAGGUAGAUAUCAAUCACGUUUUCUUGCUUCUUGA